CUGGAGUUUAAUCAGACGCUCGUCGGACUCGUUGGAGAUCACCGUCUAUGCGUCGUCGCAGUGACAGCGGUAAGCGCACCAACAUCUGCCAUCGAUGUGCCUGGAGAUCGCAGUCUUACUACAGGUGUUCUGCAGCAGCCAUUCGCCUCAAUGAAGACAUCAGCAAGAGUGGAACUCUUGAGCAGUGUUGCCCCUUGCUUGCCAACCGCUGUCUGCAAGUGGUCCCUCGGGUACACUGCUGUGGCUGAUAGCCACCUCCAUUGUUUUCCACACGAAUCAACGGGCGCAGACAACGCACUCGGGCACACGACGUUUGCCUUAGUGAAAACCGACCACUCAACAAAGUCACAGAGCUUCACCAACAGCCAGAAGCCCCCGUUUUCCUAUAUUGCACUUAUUGCUAUGGCCAUUCGUAGCGCACCGGAAAAGAAAAUAACACUGAACGGAAUCUACAAAUUUAUCAUGGACAGGUUUCCCUUCUAUCAUCACAACAAACAAGGCUGGCAAAAUUCUAUUCGACACAAUUUGUCCCUGAACGAUUGCUUCGUCAAGUUGCCAAGGGAAAAGGAAAAGCCAGGAAAGGGCCACUACUGGGCCCUUGAUGCAAACUACGAAGAGAUGUUUGAAAACGGCAACUUUAGGCGCCGGAAAAGAAGGCCGAAGCAACCAAGUUCGAGAUAUCAACAGAGUGGUGCAACUGACCUGCGUUUGAAAACCGAGCUGCUGGCAUCUCCCUUUCACAUGACGUGUCUCUCCGCGAGAGACCCGUUCGAAGCAUUUCAGCAGGAUAGCUGCUCUGGAGGACGCGACAGAUCUGGCAAGUCGCAGCUGUUGGUACGGGGCGAGCAUCAAGUGCAACGAGAACGGCAAGCUAUCACGUCAGACAAAGUUCAUCCACGUUCGUCGUCAUUCAGUAUUGAAAGUAUUAUGAAGGACAGUGUGAGAACAGAAACUCCACUUCCGUCUCAAGAGAGAACAGAUCGGACACAUUUCCUCGGACAUCCUGCGUACCGUACCGGUGACCCUCCAAUGACACAAGCGAUUAAGCUUGGAACUACGUGCGUUUCUGAGCCCCAUCCUGUGCUACCUUGGACGUCGCUGUCAGGGAGCUAUGGGGCCCAGCUGUUUGCAUUCCAGCCUCCUAUUUUGCAAUCUUUCUCUCGGAAUGCACCGUUUCACUAGCGCACUGGUCCGUGCAGCUUUCAUGUAAUAACGAUUAUACGGGGAGCAUGUUGCAUCGAUUGUACUGAAGUAUGUAGUUUUCGAAAGUUUUGCGAUAAAGCAGAGGC